CAUAUGAUAGAUAUAAUACAUAUAACGUAUUAGUGAAUGAAUUGUUAAUAAAUUGUUAUAAUUUAUAAUAUUUUAUUUAAUAUUCAUAUAUUAAAAGCGAUUUUAAUGAAUGUUUGAAAACAGUUUGAAUGUCAACUAAUGUGAGUUUAGUUGAUAUCCAUGUGGUUUCUGGUAGUCCUCACAUGGUUUGCACUGUUAGUGCAACUAAUGUUUAUCAUACUAUCCGUCGCUUCGGGUUUGUAUUAUUUGGCCGAAUUGGUCGAAGAGUAUAGCGUUGUGUCGGCAAAAGUCAUCAAAUAUAUGAUUUUGACCACUCUCUCAAUAUAUUUAUGUCUUUUCCUGUUUGAAGAGUUUCCCAACUCAUUGAUUAUAACGGGAUUAUUAAGUCAUUGCAUGUAUUUAAUACUUUUAAGGAGUUUCCCGUAUUUUAACUUCACUUCAGUACCAUUUAUAUCAUCAAUUGUUCUUCUAUUAGUUAACCAUUAUUUUGCAUUUUCAUACUUUUCAACCGUCUAUUACCCGUUUACUCAGGUAUUGGCUUUUUUUACACUUUGUUUAUGGUUCAUACCAUUUGCACUCUUCAUCUCAUUGUCUGCCAAUGAGAAUGUGUUGCCGACAGUUGCAGAGUCGCGACCAUUAUUGUCAGAGGAAAGUGAUGUCGUUUCUCAUUAUUUUUCUCGGAGAGCAAAAAAAUAUGGUUUGUUGUCAUUAUUUAAUUACGCAAAGGACAGCCUUUUGCCACAAAGAGUUAAAAAGUCUUUUUGAAAUAUAAUUAAUUUUUAUAAU